AAGGCAAUGGAAGAGUCAAAAUUGUACAGAAAAGAGAGGAAGCAGACGAAGAAAAUGAAAACUGGUAGAGGUUUACGUUCUAGAGUCGGGUCAAUCCAGAUGAGAAUGAGAAGGCUCCGUGUACUGAUACCUGACGGGCGAAGACUGAGCCAACCGGAUCUGCUUUUAUCAAAGACUGCUGAUUAUAUUAUGCAUUUGGAGUUGAGGAUUAGAUUUCUCAAAGCCCUCUCCGAUAUGUACUCACCACACUCUCGAAACUAACUAUUUUUGGUUCGUUUGUUAGUUUUCUUAUUCCUCAUAUUUUUCGUUGUUGUUCUUCUAAAUGUAAAAUCUUCUUUUAUAUUUGUGUGUUCAUCACAAAUUACUUGCGUUGAAAAUUUGUCACUUUGUAAUUCAUAUGAUCUUUCAUGAUUUAGGUGAAGGCGUGAAGCUUAUUAGUUGGGCCUUUUGUACCAAACACUAUCAUAAUUGGGCCCUUAUAUCCCAUACAUUUUGCGAUAAAGCUUUUCUAAAAAGUGGUGAUGACAGGCUUUUCUUUAUUUUACCAAUUCCAAAUUCCGAUGUUCACAAACUCGAAUUUUGUUUUAAACCAUUUGUGGACAUGACCAUGUGGAUAAUGGUUCCUCUAAACUUCAAAAUAAUAUUUUCUACUCGUUUUGUAUAAACAAAUAUUUUAUACUA